CUAACGAUCUUUCAUUUUCCUUUCCCUCUCACGUGCGCAACGCCACCUUUUUUUUCUUCUUCGCGCCGUCGUGUUCUCCGUUUCAGCAGCUGAGUGUGCCCGCCUCAUCUCUCCCGUCCAGCGCUACCGCCGCCGUCUUCUUUCUUCCGCUCGUGCCGCCGCGGCCUCCGUCCAACGGUCGAAUGGCGGGUUCAACUGAAGGGUUGGGUUCUGCUUCUGCAACUGUGGAUGCAGUAGCCGAUUCUGCUCCAGGUUCUGAAGAAACUAUUAGCAAGAAUGCACGCAAGAAGGAAUUAAAGCUGAAGCAGAAGGAAGAGGAAAGGAGGCGUAAGGAGGAACUCAAGGAGAAAGCCAAACAGGAAGCAUCCCAGAGUAAGAAAUCUGUAGCAGUUGAUGAUGAAGAAAUGGAUCCCACGCAAUAUUUUGAAAAUAGGCUGAAAUAUCUUGCAUCUCAGAAGGCAGAUGGUAAAAAUCCAUAUCCUCACAAGUUUCAGGUUUCGAUGUCUCUCCUCGAGUAUAUUGAGAAAUAUGGAAUUUUAAACAAUGGUGAUCACCUUGAGGAAGUCUCGGAAUCUCUUGCUGGGAGGAUAAUGAGCAAACGAUCCUCCUCCUCGAAGUUGUUAUUUUAUGAUCUUCAUGGUUCUGGAGCUAAAAUCCAAGUUAUGGCUGAUGCACGUGUCUCAGAGCUCGAUGAAGCUGAAUUUGCAAGGUUACAUGCCAGUGUGAAGCGUGGGGAUAUUGUUGGCGUCACUGGGUUUCCAGGAAAAACAAAAAGGGGAGAACUCAGUAUUUUUCCAAAAUCAUUCAUUGUCCUAUCUCACUGUCUGCAUAUGAUGCCAAAGCAGAAGGCGGCUUCUGGUUCUGAGAAUGCAAAUUUGAAGAAAAAUGACGCAUGGGCCCCAGGUUGUACCAGGAAUCCUGAAACCUAUAUUUUAAAGGAUCAGGAAACUCGUUAUCGUCAACGAUAUCUGGAUUUGAUGUUAAAUUUGGAAGUGAGGCAAAUAUUCAAAACCAGAGCUAAAGUAAUCCAAUAUGUUAGGAAGUUUCUUGACGAUCUUGACUUCUUGGAGGUUGAGACACCAAUGAUGAACAUGAUUGCUGGAGGAGCAGCUGCCCGUCCAUUUGUGACCUUCCACAAUGAUCUCAACAUGAAAUUGUUUAUGCGCAUUGCACCUGAACUUUAUCUUAAGCAGUUAGUUGUUGGUGGAUUGGACCGUGUAUAUGAGAUAGGGAAACAAUUUAGAAAUGAGGGUAUCGAUUUGACUCAUAAUCCCGAGUUCACCACCUGCGAGUUCUACAUGGCAUUUGCAGACUACUAUGAUUUGAUGGAACUCACUGAGAAAAUGCUAAGUGGAAUGGUGAAGGAGCUUACAGGUGGCUAUAAAGUAAAAUAUCAUUCAAAUGGGCUUGACAAUGAUCCGAUUGAGAUUGACUUCACUCCCCCUUUCAGGAGGAUUGACAUGAUAGAGGAAUUAGAAAAAAUGGCAAAUCUUAAUAUACCCAAGAACUUGGCCAGUGAUGAAGCUAAUAAAUAUCUUAGAGAGGCAUGCCUGAAGUUUGAAAUCAAAUGUCCUCCACCUGAAACAACUGCUCGCUUGCUGGAUAAACUUGUGGGACAUUUCCUAGAAGAAACGUGCGUGAAUCCUGCUUUUAUCAUCAAUCAUCCCGAGAUUAUGAGUCCUUUGGCAAAGUGGCAUAGAGCAAGACCUAGUCUAACUGAACGCUUUGAAUUGUUCAUCAACAAACAUGAAGUAUGUAAUGCGUACACUGAAUUGAAUGAUCCUGUUGUACAACGUCAGCGGUUUGCUGAACAACUCAAGGAUCGACAGUCGGGUGAUGAUGAAGCAAUGGCUUUGGAUGAAACAUUUUGUACGUCUCUUGAUUAUGGAUUGCCUCCUACUGGUGGCUGGGGAAUGGGCAUUGACCGGCUAGCUAUGUUGUUAACGGAUUCGCAGAACAUCAAGGAGGUUCUUCUCUUCCCAGCCAUGAAGCCUCAAGAUGAACCACCAGCUCCCAAAGCAUCUGCAGGAGUAUAGGGAUUACAACAUGAGGGAAAACCAAGAGCCUCAUUCAGAUGGCUCGACUCUAAGGUUAGUACACAAGGCCCAAGUUAGCAUGAAUAAUAAGAGUGAUAGUUGAAGCAAGCAUAUGGACAUCAAAUAUCUAGCCAUAAGAGAAUGAGUUAAAGACGAGAAAUUUUUCAUUCAACACAUUAGCACCAAGUUCUCUUAAAUGCUCUUGCAUACGCUACUCAGGAUAGUGUUGUCAAUAGAACACAAUCUUUAAGUAAUGUCAAUAGUGUUCGUUCUCUCGUGAUAGACAUGCCAUGUGAAAUAUUUGACUAUUUGAGAGAUUUUCGUAAAUGGAAGUGAUGUGAGUAAAGUGGGGUUGAUGGAAUGAAAAUGUAAUGACUCUUACUCAGGAUUCAACA